UCCCCGGCGCAGUGGCCCUGGUGUGACAGAAGCAGAUGCCGAGGCGUGCUUCCGCGUUGGCAGCUCCGUCCCGCUCCCGGCCGGCUCUUCCGCCCGUGGGAAGCAGCGAGGCGAGGGCAGGACCUGGCAGCCACCCUGGCAGGCGGAGUUUGCAGCCCCAACGCGUCUCUCCUCGUGUUUCCCCGGUUUCGGGGGGGAUCUGCCUGCCCUGGGCACCCCCCCAACAUGCCUGAGGGCACCACCGCUUCCAGGCUGCGGCUCGCCGGGCUGUCCUUCCUCCUCCAAAUCCUCACCAUCAUCCUCUUCGCUGUCUUUGUGCGGUACAGCCCAGAGAGUGGCUCCGGUCCCUGCUCCCAGCAACUCAACUGCAGCUGGAAAAACCGGGAUUUGGGUUUUCAGCAUCCCCGUCUCCAAGGGAGAUCCGAGGCUGGAUCCACCACGGUUCCAGAGACAGGUUUCCGGCAUGUCCACCUCCAAGAUCUCCUCGGCUUCGGGCUCCUGGUGGCUUUCCUCGGCCGCUACGGGCCAGGCAGCGUGGCCAUCAGCAUCCUCGUCGUGGCCUUCGCCAUCCAGUGGGCCGUCCUGAUCCAGGGGUUUUUGUACUUCUUCCUGAAUGGCAAAAUUUACGUGGGAUCUCAGAGCAUGGUCAGUGCCGACUUCUGCACCGCAGCCGUUCUGAUCUCCACCGGCGCUCUCCUGGGCAGGGUAAACCCCGUGCAGAUGCUGCUGCUCACCCUGCUGGGAGUCACCCUCUUCAGUAUCAACGAAUACAUCCUGCUCAGUCUCAUGGGGGUGAGUGACAGCGGGGGCUGCUUGACCGUCCACACCUUCAGUGCUUAUUUUGGCUUGAUGGUUUCACGGAUCCUGCACCAGCCUCAUAUGGACAAGAGGAAAGAGCAGCAGGACACGGGGCACCAGCCAGACGUCUUCACUGUGCUUGGAACCAUCUACCUGUGGAUCUUCUGGCCCAGCUUCGCCUCAGCCACCACGGUCCGUAACAACGCCGAGCCCUGGGCAGUGCUCAACACCUACUUCUCGCUGGCGGCGAGCACCCUGGCCGCCUUUGUCCUCUCACCUGUCCUCUACGAGGAGAGCACCCUGCGCAUGGUUCAGAUCCAGGAUGCCACCUUGGCUGGGGCGGCUGUGAUGGGUAUGGCUGGGGAGAUGCUGGUCACCCCCUUCGGGGCCCUCAUCGCGGGGUUUCUGGCUGGCUUGAUCCCCCCGCUUGGCUUCAGAUUCCUCACGCCCGUCCUGCGCUCCAGGCUGAAAACCCAGGACACGUGCGGGAUUCACAACGUCCACGGGCUGCCGGGGAUCCUGGGCGCCCUGCUGGGGACGCUGCUGGCGGCACUGGCCACUGCCGAUGCUUACGGUGGCAGGCUGGAGCUCAUCUUCCCGCUGGUGGCCCAGGGCAGCCGGACGGCCACCGACCAGGCACUCUGCCAGCUCUGCGCCCUCCCCGUCACCCUGCUGCUGGCCAGCCUCGGGGGCUGCCUGACGGGAGCCGUCCUGAAAAUGAAAGGGCUGAGAUCUCCCCCGGACACGCGGUACCUGGAAAACCCCGGCCUCCGAGAGGUGGCCGAGGAAGGAGGCGACCGCAGGGCGAGCAGAAAGGAGCCGAGGACCAGCACCUUGGUCUGAUGACCCCGACCCUUCGGUGAGGUCCCGCACCACCGGGUUCAACCCUCUGCCGGCAUCGCCAGUGCCGGGCAGCUUCUGGCAGCUUGUAUUUCCCAGCAGCCUGCUCCGGAGACGGCCAAGUUUGUCGCCAGGUGGGAGCCAGCUCCCGGUCCCAAAGGUUUUGGGAGCAGUCGGGUGCCCACGGGCCUUUGCAGGGUGAAGAGAUGCUGCAGUGAUACGGGUGCUUGCUGUGGGAGCGACCUGGCUUGCUCCAGGGACACCUCGGGGUGUCCAGACUUGGCUCAGCCACUUCCCCUCUCCGCUCCGUGCCUCAGUUUCCCCAACUACGGCUCUCCCAAGAGAGGAAGGCAAUGAGGGGGGGCUGUGUCGGGGAAGGGGCUCCACGGAAACCAGCAGAGACUUUCUACGGACACUUUUGCACACAACAAUUAAAA